AUGGUCCUGGGUGGGGAGCGGGAAGAGGGAGCCUUGUACCAGCAGCAGGCAUCACAGUCUCUCCCUCUCCCUGCUGAUACAGUCCUGCCCUUCUACAAGGCAGAGGAAGAGCAGAGGGAGGACUUCACCUACCUGGAGGAAGCCGCCCUCUCAGUCAUCCUACGGCACCUCCAGAGCACGGACCAGACUGUGAAUGAGGGGCUCACUUUCCUCCGUGCCAUCCCCACGCUGUGCCUGGCUACCAUGGAGAGGGGCGAGGACAGCCUGGAGCCGCCCUGCUGCAAAGCGGCACUUGUGGAGAGGAUUGUGGUGCUGAUUGACAAGCUGUCCCACUGUGAAGAAGAGCCCAGCACCAUCCUUCCUUACAGCAUGGCUGUUGUUUGCAUCCUCAGCAAACUGAAGCCAGCCCUGGAGCCAGCCCUGGAAUCGCGCCUCCUCUACACCGCCCUCCACAAGACCUUCCUGAUGGCCACAGGGCACAACAGCCAGCACAUCCAGGGCAUGCAGCGGAUCAGCGUGGAGUACCUGGAGGCCACGCUGAGGUGUCUGCUGGCAACUGCCCCCAGCCUGGCCAGGCUGCAGUUCAUCGGAGAGCACUUGACCAUGUGGCUCCAGCUGGAAGAUGAGAGGGACAGAGCCACGGCCAUGAAGAUCACCACCAGCCUGCUCUGCUUUGCAGUCUCCCUCCUCCCACAGUUUGAGGACUCGCCCAAGGUGCCCCUGGUGGGUGACCUGGUGGCCCUGCUGGGUCUGUGCAUCAGCGACCCAGUGGAGGAGAUCAGCCGCCAGGCCAAGGAGGGCCUCUCCCACCUCUACAAGAUCUUGAUGCAUCAGAAGGGGCAAGACAUCCAAGAGGCACAGGAGCUGUGGCCCAUCAGCCAGCACCAGCACCACCUACACCGAAUCCUCCUCUACAUCGAUCUGGCCACAACGGGAGAGGCCUUCAGGAAGAUCCUCUCCGAAGACCAGAGGAGAGCGUUUGCACAGAGGGCACUGCUGGGGAUCCACCACAUCACACUGCACGUGAGCCAGGCCGGGGUGGUUCUGCUCUACGCCAUCCUGGGACAAGCUGGCCACCUGACGGGGGCAGAGGAGAAGGAAAUUCCCGUCAGGGUACUGAGGAAGCUCCUGAUCCUGAAAUGCUUCCAUCAGCUGCCCAAAGAGCUGCAGAGGCACAGUCAUCUGGAGAGUGCCUCAAGGAUCCCCUCCUCUCCGCAGCAGCCCCAUCCAUCCUGAUGCAAGCGAAGGCUGGGUGUGAGGCCACGGAUGCCAACUGCGAGGCAUGGGACACGGUGUAGGGGAGGUCGGAGCCGUGUAUAUAAGCCCUAGGUAUCAGCGUGUGGCAGGGCACUGCUAGUGCCUGCCACUUUAAGGGCUGGACCAGGCAUCCAGCAAGUGCCUGAUGGCAGCAGUCAUUUUGACAACUUUGUAUAUAAAGGCUGCAGUCUGCUGCUGCCAGCCGAGGCAGAAACAUCGCCUCGCUGAGCUGCAGCAGGAACAACCAGGCGGUAAGGGAAAGAGCUUAUGGGGAUGGCUAGGAGGCUCUUGGUCCUGGGCACGACCGAAAACUGCACCCUGCCGGGAAUGGGUGGCCUGGUGGGGCUCCUAGUGGCGUGGGAGCCCCCAGGAAAUGCCAGGCCAGUUACCACCCCGGUGAAAGGCGGGUCGGGGCGCCUUAAUAACCCCAGCUCCCACAACCAGGUGGGUAACCCCAUAGUAGGCCUGAGCCGGCGGACCCCUGUGAGAGAGUGGACUAGAUGCUCACAAUCCUGACUUGAGGCACCCUCAACUGGUCAGUGCUGGGGCCAGGACCAGAAGGGUCAAAAGGGCCAGGGGCCCACUGUGAGGGACGCCCAGAGCCAAGGGGCUGGGGUUUCUGACUGGCCUUGGAGGGGAGGCCAGGGCCUGUGUGGCCGAAGGUCCCGGGGUGUGGGGCACACCUGAGAGGGGGAAGAGUGCAGGGAGGUAGACAGCCCAGAAUGAGGGCGGAGUAGGCCGCCUGAUUGGAAGGAGCCAGUUGGGGUCCAGACUGGAGGAUUACGGGGCCCAGGAUGGGGCCAAAGAUGCUAAGAACUGGGAUGCCAGCUGUGAGGCAUGAGCUGCAGCAUAGGGGAGGAUUUGGAGCUGCAGAUAACAUCCUCUGGCAUCGGGGCCGGAAAUGGACAGCCUCCCGCUUAAUUAAGACCAUCCUUUUGUAUUGCCACGGUGUGGCAGGAAAGAGAGGUGGGCGCUUAGCCCAGAAAUAGGUGGGCAGGAAGGGCCUCCUGUUACACAGUGCAAGUAAGUGGGCAGCUUCCUGCCAUGUUCUCAUCUUUCACCUGUAUCAUCAAGGUUGUGGCAGGUGAGGGAGGCGGGCGGUUAGCCCUGAGACAAGUGGGUAGGUCACCGAUUUGACCGGCCCCAGGAUGCCCACAUGUUAUAAGUGGAUAGGAGGAUUAUGGUUCAAUCAGACUGGCCAGCAGCACUGGUCUUGCUCAAGGCCUCUUGGUUGGGACACCCCUCUGAAUUUGGUUGGUGUUUGCGAGAGACGCACUGAAAUUAGAUUAAGGGUUCAAAAACAUAAAAGGGAUUGCUUUAGGACUAAGAGGAACAUGAGAAUAAAGAGUAUAAAGGGUGAUAAUGACAAGGCAGGUAAACAAUGGGAAGCACACACAAUAAUACCGAUGCAGUACUUUACUAAAUAUCACAAUCAGCUGGAAGGCCCAGUUGAAACAACAGGAAAAUGGCAAAUGGGAUCAAGGAAACAGACAGUUAAGAAUGGGGCAGAAAUUUAUGGCAAUCCAGAGGAUGAAACCAGGUCGUCAAUCCAAGGAGGUUCAAAUAGGUUGGAAGGCAGGAAGGUCACCUGGCACUGGGUUGUUCAGCCUUAUUGCCUCUCACUGUCCAUGGGGAGCACAGAAAAUUAUACUUGCCAGUCUCACAGAAUCAGAGGCAGCCAGGCACAGCUCUCCCGCAAACGCACCCUCUCACCAUACAGAAACUGUGCAUACACACCAACACUUGACCCGCACUCUCACGUUCAUCCUUCCUUUGAAUGCUACGAGUGCCCAAACAGUGAGUCUUUAUUAACUCCAAUCAUAGUACUUUUGCCAAUCAAGCCAAGGUAAAAGCUGUCAAUCACUUUCAAUCACACUUUCCUGCCAGACACUCUGACCCAUCUGCGCAUACCCAGGCUUUCCUUUUGGAAUGAUAAGAUGACUUUCCCUGUUGUAACAAUGAAAUGAAACCAAAAAAACCUCCGAGAUAAUAUCAACUAAUAAAUAAAGUACAAUAAGAAAGCCAUAUGAAAGCAAGACAAAAAUAGAUAAUGAAGCGUACAGGCUAUAAAUUUAGUAGAGACUUGAGGAAGGGGAGAGCUUCACAUUAUAUACAACUAACAGACAUACAUCUAGCUUUUCAGGGAUACCAAACCACAAAAGAAAUCAACUGAAAAACUUAAGAGAAGAUUCAUAUUGCACCCUAUUUCUUCAUGCUGAGCCCAGUUAUGUCUAUUUGCAUAUGUCAUCUUUUCCAUUUACGCAACAUGCAGAAGUUCUUUAACCCUUCCGAGAAUGCAGGUACACUGGGAGUUUACCUUUUGCUUGAAACAAUCCUUUUUCUGCAAACAAACAAUCCUUUCCACAAAUAUCUUAUGAGAUGUAAACAGAAGAUCAUCCCCUUGUUUUAACUCAUGGCAUUUUCCAGGAAGUGCCGUGAGUUACAACAAUCUCCUAGACCCAGCAGAAGUCCCGAGGUUGGAGAAGCCAGCUGUUGUUUAGGCUGGUUGCAAGCAUUCAUCCGCUCUUCCGUCACAAGGCGACUCCCCCAUUUCCAGACCUGGCAUGGUUUUCUUAAUGGGAGUGGGGAAAGGGAGCAGAAGAUCAUUCGGGGGUUUCCCAGCCAGUGCUGGAGGCUGGGGGGUUGGAAUGGAGCCCCCACACCUCAGGGGGGCUCCGACCCACCUGGCCCAUCCUCUAGCAUCGCCUGAAAACCCCCCAUACCAAACUCCCUCUGUUCCAUUUCCCCCUCCCCUUCUGAAAACAGCAGCAGGGCUGGGAGGCAGCGCAGACAAAAGUUACGGAGGGCGCUCCGUUUUGGAGUGUCUCCAUCUGAACUCUUAUACAAUGAAGGUUCUGAUUUUCACGGGAUCAGGCCCUUUGAAAGCGCUCUGCAGCUGUGCGCUUGUGCUUGGUUAUGGCUGUAGAGCACUUCCAGGGGCCCAAUUCAGGCAAGAAUUGUCACUUCUGUCUGUGCCUUAAGGCAAUGAAUUAAACGUUUUACAAAGGGGUUUCCAGAUACUAUCCCAGGCUGUGGACAGAGGUUGCUUUUUUUGCCAUUUAAAGUCCUUUAUUGCUGUCAUUUAACAGAAGCGCGUGACUUUACCGCACUUUAAAAAUAGCUACUGAAUUUGGAACCCUGUAUUAUACGGUAGUUUAACAAGCUACCGCACUUUAAAUAACUUUUGUACGCUGAUGUCAAAUAUUUGACCAGUAGAAAAGCUCCAGGAGGGUGCGGAGCACCCCCUACCCGCAAAUCUGGAAAGUGUAGAGAGGAUCAGACGAUCCCCGCAGCAAACACUGCCCGUCUGUCAUGUUUAAGAGUGCUGUAACUCUAGAGUGCUAUAAAAAUGCUCGAAAUUACAGUGUUGUAAAAUGUGCACAGACCACUUUUGUACGCACCCUCAUUUCUCAAUUGCUAACAGUAUCUCUCAAUCCUGCCUCCAUUUACCUUUAAUGAUAACAUUUGCUGGAUAUUAUACUAUGUUAAACUUGAUUAUUAUUGUAUGCAUUACCAACAAAGUGAGAACUAUCCUUAGAAGAUAACACACACACAAUUGGAAAGGGAUGAGACAAACAGGGAUCCUGGUUUUCCCUGAAAAGAAACAUUCAAAUUCCCUGAUAAAUACGCCCCUGCUCCCACCUCCCACAGCAUGAUUAAAAUGUAAGGCCCUGCCACAACUUUCCCUCCCCCCAGUCCUGCUGGUGUCCCUCACCCCCAUCCAAAGCCCCUGACUCCCAGCCCUAAUGGAGGGGCCACCAGCUGCCAGAGGUCCUGCGCAAGGGACCUCGGUUCCUAGCCCCCUGCCCCAACAGAAGGCAGUGGCUGCUGCAGUAGAGCAGAGCCCAGCUCCCCCCCCCCGUGCUGCCUGCCUACUGCAGGCUCAGGCAGGCGGGUGGGCAGAUCCCCACCACUGUGUGCACUCCUGGGUGGAUGCGGUAUGCCAGUAAAGAGGGAAAUCCGCUUUAUACUCUGUUUUCGCAUGGGAAAUGGAAAACUCAGAUCCCUUGUGAUAAAUUACUCCAUAUAUUCCUACAUGUCUUAUUCACCUGAGCACAUAGUUUUUGUAGACUCUCUCCUCUUCGUUAUGUACCUGAAACAUAUCACACAUAGAAGCAUAAGAUGCAAGGCUACCAUCCUUAAUGAUAGAUUUUAUUGUAUCUAUAUCCCUUUUUUUCCAGUUAUCUGAGGCCAUUUGUAGACUGCUCAGCAUAUAUGCUUAAAGACACAGGAUGCCUAUACAUGUGCUUGGCGGCGGGCAGUCAGGGGGCAUUUUAAUUAGAGCGGUUCCUGGAGAGCCGCUAUAUUAAAACACUUUGCAGUCAUGUGCACUGAGGCUCUGCGGGUUUAGAAACGGCCACAGGAUGCUUUAUCCAAAUCUCAUUCAAUGAGGGGCCUCAUUUUUAAAUCUGUGCAGGCUGAUACAGGUGAUGGUGAGGCCACACUGGAGCAUUCUCAUUACAAUGCAAACCAGCACAUUUAUAGGCACCAAACUGACUCGAAGAGAGCUGAGAGGUGAGAUAAUUAAUUUCCUAGAUUUUUCAAAACAACUAGGAUAUCAUCUGCAUGUAAAAGCAUUUGAUCCCCUCAAUGCAAGUUGAUUGCCUAAUAGCUGCUGCCAGAGGCUCCAAUGCUAAACUGAGUAAGAGUGGAGAAAUAGGCCAUCCCUGACGCAUCCCUUCUUCCAAGCAGAGGGAAGGUGAUAUCACACCAUUCGGGGAUCCUGCCGGGAGGGAGCUCUGGCUAAAAUUGAUAUCCAGUUUAUGGAUUUCUCACCAAAACCAAAUUUUUGUAAAUUUAAGAGCAGACAUUUGCAAUCAAUCUUGUCAAAUGCUUUUUCAGCGUGUAGUGAGAGAACAGCUGCUGGUGAGUCAGGCAGCUGCAUAAACUAUCCAAGGCCAAAGUACCCUUUAUAAAACCUACCUGAACAGCAUGUACCAAGAAUGGAAUCACCUUACUACGUCUUGGAGCUCAUCAUUUUGUGAGAAACUGGUUAUCAACAUUCAGUAAUGAGAUUGGGCGGUAGGCUCCACAUGUUAAGUCUUCCUUUCACUUCUUGAGUAGAAAAAUAGAUGAAGCUGUUCUUGCUUCUCUAGACAGAAUUCCAUUUUCAACUAUUUUCAACUAUUUUCUUGUACACAGCAUUGUACACAGCUUAUAAUAAAUGUUGCCAGACUGUACAGGAAAGUUUUCUAAAAGUCAGAUGAAAACUGUCAGGCCCCAGAGUUUUCCCGCACUUUAAGGAAUGCAUCUCCUCCAUAACUUCCUGCAGUUUAUAUACCUUCUAAUCUAAUAGCGUCUUAUCAUUGGAGGUAUUUCUUGCUGAGAUCUGCCUAUUUGAUGCCUCUUCCUAAAGUCUUCUAGUCAAUACCUUACCUGCCUUGUCACGCCACUUAUAAUCAUAUUUAGUCUCUUGAGCUGAAAUGCAAUCUCAUGUUAAAGAUGUUCAUGUAUAAUCAUAAGAGGCUUAUUUUGUCUGUCUCGAGCACUCUGAUUGGUUGUCUCAGCAGCCAAUCAGAAUGCUGCAACUGAAACAACCAAAAGUGCUCUGGACACAUAGAAUAAGACCAUUUGUGAGGUGCCAGUGGGCCCUAAGCUGCUGGGGGCCCCUGGUGCUUCCCUGCAUGGUGGUGGUGCCCCCCCAGCACUGCCCAGGCGGGGUGCCAGCGGGUGGGUGCUGCCCGGGGGGUGCCACCGCCACAGAGAGAAGCACUGGAGGCCCGUGCAGCUCAGGGGCUGCAUGAACCACUGGCAGCUCACUCCCCAGCCUUGGGCUUGGUGGGCUUCCAGCACCCCAUGCACCGUCCCUGCUGCCCUCCUGCCACCCGGGACCACCCGGAAAUGGGCUGGCUGCCCUGGGAAGGUGACAGGAUGGCAGCUGGGUGUGAUGGCAGCCGGAGAAGGUGUCAGGGAUGGGCCACGGGGCACUGGAUACCCACCAAGCCCGAGCUUCCUCCAGCACACCCAGGCUGCCAGCACCCCAUGUACCAUCCCCAUCGCCUCCUCCAGAUAGGGCCCUUGUACAUGUGAGGAAUAGCGCUGUAAUAUGUUAUGAAGAAAACUAAUACACGUGGGAUGUGUUUUACUUUGCUAUGUAAAAACUCAUUUAAAUCUUAACAUGCUACCCAACCUGUACAUUAUUACACAUUUAAAUGGUUAAAAAUGGGCAACGAAGCCACUUAAAUGGGCUAUUUCCUCACAUAUACGAGAGCUGUUAGUCACGUGUACAAGGGCCCUCUUACUCUAUGACUAUGACCAAGUCACAAGGUCAGACAAAAUAUGUGUUUGUAUUCCUAAGCCUGUGUUUACACAUGGACAGCUUUAUGUAGCCGUUUGAAGGGUGAGAAGUUUUGAUUCUGUUAAAGCAUUUGGUCAGUGAAUACCCUAAAAUCCUGUGUUUAAAGUAGU